GAUUGCUUUGUACGAAUCAUAAUUAAGCUUUAAGUUGAGGAAUUAACAUGAUGGGAUGCAACAGGCUCGAUGGGAAGGUGGUGAUCAUCACAGGAGGGGCGCGAGGGAUCGGAGAGGCCACGGUGCGACUCUUCUUGGCCCAUGGUGCAAAGGUUGUGAUUGCUGACAUCCGCGAUAACCUCGGGGAGUCCCUAUGCCACGAGUUGGGCGAGGACGCAUCUUACAUCCACUGCGACGUAACAAAUGAGGAUGAUGUCCGGAAAACUGUUGACUUUACAGUUGAGAAGUAUGGUAAGCUCGACAUCAUGUACAACAAUGCCGGUACAUUGGAUGCCUCGAUAGCCGAAAUCCUAAACACUGAGAAAGCCGUAUUUGAGCGAGUGUUGGGUGUGAACUUAGUAGGGGCACUACUGGGGGCAAAGCAUGCCGCCCGAGUCAUGAUCCCUGCAAGCAAGGGCUGCAUCUUGUUUACUGCAAGUGUGGCUUCUCAAAUAGGGGGUUUCUCUUCAUAUGCAUAUUCAUGCUCAAAGGCUGCACUUGUCGGGCUGAUGAAGAGUGCGGCGGCAGAGUUAGGGAGGUUUGGAAUUCGGGUGAAUUGUGUGUCGCCAUACGGGGUGGCCACGCAUAUUGCCGACGGGCUACUGCCAGUAGAGGCUGUGAACAUGGACACUGAGGAUUUGUUGAGCAAGUUUGGGAACCUGCAAGGGGUGGUUCUAAAGGCCGAGGACAUAGCGCAGGCUGCAUUGUACUUGGCUAGUGAUGAUGCCAGGUAUGUGAGUGGGCAAAACCUCUUUGUGGAUGGUGGCUACACCAUUGUAAACCCAUCUCUAGCCAUUGGCUUCUAUAGCACUUUAGGCCAACCAUGA